UGGGGACACUGGGGACAGGGAAGGGGGGGCAAGACAUGGGUCUGGGGGACACGGCGGGGGGUCCUGUGGGGCAGAGACUUAGGGACAGGGCUGGGCAGGUGAGCGGUGGGCAGGGGAGCUGCCGGGGGCCCGGAGGGGACACUGGGGACAUGUAGGGCCCUGGGGAGCGGGGCAGUGGGGACAGCAAGGGGACACGGCAGGAACGUGGGGAGGGGGCUGGGGGUGGGGCAGAGAGCAGGGGGUGCUGGGGGGCCACCUGUGUCCCCCUGCCAGGUCCCCUCUGAGCAGGACGGGGGUCCCACCACCCCGGCGAGGCACCUGGGGGCUGCUGCACCCCGACACUGGCACUGAUGGCUGACGGCGGGGCCGAGCCCCAGGACGAGCACCUGGGGGGGGCAGGACCCCCCGGCCCCCUGCCCCCCAGCCCAAGCCACAACAGAGCCCUCCUGCUCGCCGAGGACAUCACAGCCACGAAGAGACCCCGGCUGAGCCUGGGCACUCAGGCCAGCCCCGGGGACCCGAGAGCCCCUGGGAGCCGGGGGGGGUCCGGGGGGGGCUGGGGGCCGCGGGCAGGCAGGGUGGCGGGGCUGUACCCCCAGCUGCUGCGGGAGCUGGAGGUGCAGGAGCUGCAGCAGGCGCUGGCAGCCCGGGACGAGGUCGUCCUGCACCGUGACCGCUGGAUCCGGCAGCUGGAGCUGGAAAACCGGCAGCUCCGGAGCCAAGUCCGCAGCCUGGAGGAGAAUGACCUGCUGUCCUCCGGAGGUGGCCGCGGGGGACCCUUGGCUACCGCUGCCACCACCACCGGGACCCUGCUGGCCUCUGGCACCAGCUGCAUUGGCAUCAGUGACAGCAACAUCCCUCAAGGGGCUGGUGGGGCUGCUGGAGAGCAAUGCCACUGUGCAGGCUGGGGGGCUUCAGCCCUUCUCCGCUCCCAGCCCCGGGGAGCAGGGCUGUGCCCUGGCCGAUGUCCCCCGGAGCCCCCCAGCCUGGAGGCUGUGGGCAGGGCUGCCCAGUGGCUUCCCCCCCUGCCCGGGCACCAAGGAGGGGGCUGGCAGCCCCGCUGCGCUCACCGAUACUGCCUGCCUCUGGGAGGAGAGCGGGGGGGACACGCUGAUGGCACCCCGCUCUGGGCAUCACCCAUCGAGGUCUCCACCGACAAGCCCAAGCUCAUGACCCAGCGGCUGCUCGAUUACUUCUGGUGGGAGACGCUGGCCCGGUCCUCAGCCACGGGGCAGCACAUCGCCCACAACGCCACCAUGGAGCGUCCCCUCCGCCUGCCCAUGGCCAUGGUCAACGCCAUCAAAGAGCAUGGCACCAAGCUGUGUGGCCACGGCUGCAACUUCAACGCCGUCAUCAACAGCAAGUGCGGCAGGUCCUGGUGGGCCGUCAGGAAGGUGGUCAUGGAGUGAGCUGAGCCCCACGGGACGGCCAUGGCCCACCGACCGUGCGGGGGGACAAGCCCUGAGCCCUCUGGUGCGGUGGGAUCAUACCCCUGUGCUCACAGAGGGGCUGCAGCUGGAGGCGCCCUACAGAGACCGGCUGGCUCAGCCCCACGGCGCCACGGCCCGAGGGUCCACAGCCACGUGUCCCGCUCCCCCCAGCAGCGGGGAGUGGGUGCUGGCAGGGGCAAGGGCCGCUUGGAGCAGGGAGAUGCUGGUGCCACACCGGUGCCACCGUUGGCAUCGUGGUGCCAGUGUCCCCCAGCGCCAGGGGCAGAGCCAGCGGCCACAGCCACCCCCGGCAGCAGAGCUGCUCCUGCACACAGCAGCGGCUCCACGCAUCCAGCCACGGCUUGGGACCAUUUUUCUGUAAAUAAGUCCAUUUCCAGUGAUGUUUGGGAUUCCCCUAAAUAAACCCCGCUUGCUUUCUGCCCGAGAAGGCCGGCAGCUCGCCCUCCCCGCGGCCACGCCGAGCGUUCCGCCUUCAGCUCUUCACCCUUCGCGGCGGUGCCCAGCCCAGCACCACGGCUCGCACCAGGCCGGCUCCAGAGAGAAAGGACCCUUGGCGGCACACGCUGCACUGGAUUUGCCUCUGGCAGCUAAAUUUAUUUAGCAAGGAAAGCUCCCGGCUGACUCCACACCGGCCAGCCAGUUACAGUUGUUAAAGUAUAACAGAUCUGUCACGUAAUCCAGAAAACAACCUUGGGCAGUUACAACUAAAAAAUAAAGUGGAUUUGUUUAAUUUAAAAGCUCAAAAAUAACAA